UGGUAAACGCAUUCCUAUUCAAAGACCUUCAUGCUUAAAUUCCCAUGGAGCAAAGAGUGGUAGUUAAAAUUUCAUGACACUCGCAGAGCUCACCGUCAUAGCUUGGAAAAUAAAAUUAUUAUAAACAUCGCUAAAAACAGGGACUUUAAACUGUGAAAGGUGUUUCUAACAAAAAAAUUUUUAAGAAGGAGAAAGUUGGACGGCGAUACAGUUCGGACUUUUAGGACAUGGAGAGAGAUAUACUACGUCAUCACUGCCUCUGGCAGAAGAGCUGGACUGGUCCUCCUCCGUUGGAUGGCUCCCCACCUUUGACCUCCUUCGCCUGGAACUUGACCUCGCGUGAUUCAUCAUCUUCUCCAACUUCCAACCAUUUUAAGUCAGCAAAGAUUAAGAAACAGACUGGAAUGAGUACAUGUACUUCUGAUUCGGGGAUCCGGCGAUGGAAAAGCGUGCCCGAUAACAUAGGACAGCCUGGAGCAGAUGCAGGGAAACCUUUAUCUAUUGCAGAAAUAUUGGACAACAGACGACAGAAUCGAAUGUACAGAAGAAAGCCAUGGACUGAAAAAGUGACCAUCAAGCACAGCUCUCCAAAAUAUAUAAAAGAGUUUUACUAUGGCAGCGCUCUUCCGCCCGAUAUAAUUGACGCAAAGCGAAGAACAAGAAAAUACGUCACCAACUCCAAAUAUGGCGAUAUAUACGAAGUCAGAUGUGAAGUCGACUCGAAGAAAAAGAAAGAAAUUAGACCAUUCUCUCGCUGGCUGUGGGAAGAUGAGUUCAAACUUUGGACAACAGAAAACGGCAUUGGCAACCAACACCAUGGGUAUACUUCACUGUUAGAGAGGACCUCCCCCGUCAGGAGUAAGACUCCUACCACUCCUAGUACCGUCCACAACAGCAGGAACAGCCACACUAGCCGCUCCGUCACACCCACGGGGUCACGGGCCCAGACAUCCCCUCGCAAAAAGGCGGCACCUAAUCCUCACCUGUACGCUGACUACCACUCUCACCGCCUACAACACCGCCGACGUACGGACGCCGCUCGUCUGAUCCAGGCGGUGUUCCGGGGAUGGUACAUCCGGCGCUUCCUGCAGAAUCUGAAGAGAAAGGUACAGCUGGAACACCUGACUUCCUGGGAGAGGUGUGUCAGUGAGUACAAGGACUUGGUACGGCGGGUACAGGAGCGGUAUGGCGUCAGGAGGCCGUCCUGUAGGCUGGACCUGAAGGAGUUCCAGGCCUUCCUCGACAGCAAGCUCAAAUACGAACAGACCUUCAGAAGAUUAGCUUAUGGAGACCGUCUUCUUAAAUCCGACUUACCACGUUUCUUCACCGCCUGUGACCUGCAUCCAACUGAGGGAGAGAUCCAACAAGCUUUCGAAAAAGUUUUCAAAGGUGGAAACAAUACGGCGGAAGUUAUAUUUCUGCUGGACUGUUCGACGAGUGUUACCCCGAUGUGCUUUCACGACUUGACCCAGUUUGUGAAGAGUGUGGUCGAGUCGUUUACCAUUGGUCCCGACAACAUCCGGGUGGGUGUGGUUCCCUUCAGUGAUGACGUAUAUCAGGCGUUCGGUAUCAACAGGUACAAUAUGACGUACCAGAUUUGUGCGGCAAUCGACAACAUUGGCCACAAAGAGGGUUUAACCAGGACAGAUCUCGCUCUGAAAGAAAUGAAGAAGCUAUUCAUGUGUUCCAGACCGGGGGUCCAAAAGAUCGCCAUUAUCAUCACAGACGGCAAGUCCACGUGCCCUGAGAGAACUCUGCAGAAUGCGCGUGACGUCAAAAAGGACAAUGUCAACGUCAUCACUAUUGGUGUGGGUAGUCAUGUGGACCUUGAAGAACUCAAACACAUUGCGUCAUCAGAGAGAAACGUGUUCAGUGUUUACGAUUACAGCUCUCUACCCAAACUCCGUGACGUCAUCUCAAGGAGAACGUGUCUAGCUGCCUGCGUGUUGUGUCAGACCAUUCUUCCUCGUAUCCGGGAUCAUGGAUUGUACCCCCGUGAGGUUCUGGAACUAGUUUGGACUCUCUACAUGCCGAUUGGCUGCGAGAUUUCAUGGUACACAGAGAUUGACUACGAUAAAGAUAUGUCCAGACCUAAUUUUGGCGAGAGUUGUCGGCCGUUGGAGCAGCGGGAAGUGCUAGAGGUUUUGUGGACCACAUAUCCCCCUGCGGCCACUCAACUUAACGUCCGCUCAUCUCGCUGGCUCCGGCCCAGGUCAAAAGGCACCGAAGCCUGGUCACUGCUUGAUGAUAAAGUGAAGAAGUCAACAGACAUUAACACAUGUCUAAGGCUGGUGAUUCAGGCCAAGAUAGAACGGGAGGGGUUUAUAACCCUGCCCUCAGACGUCCGCGAGGGGGUGGAGGAGGUGUCUGACCCAGAUCUAGCCCUAGAGAAGGUCCACAAGUGGAUCGAAGAUAAAAAGAGAGCAGGAGAGACAUUCCAGGGUUUCAGUUAA